ACGUGCCGGUCCUGCCUUCCCAUCCCUCUUUGCUUUCACCGCUUUGCAGCCAUUUCAGGGCACCUGGCCCCAUCCUGCCCUGCGUUGCUGGUGCUGUUGGAGCCCUGUGCCCCCCGGGACCGCGGUCCCCAGUGCUGCCCUUGGAGUGGUGACCCCAGCCGGGUGCAGGAUGCGACCCCUGGCCUGGCUGGGCAUUGCCAGCCUGUGUCUGGGGGCAGCUUGGGCUGUCCCAGCCAAGGAGAGAAGGAAGGCAGAGAAGCCAAAAGCUGAGCUUGCACUCUACGAAAACCUGGACCUGGACAACUACGACCUGACAUUGGAGACCUAUGGUGAGAUCCUUGACCUGAGCAACUAUGAGGAACUUUAUGACUACGGUGACCUUGCUCCAAAGAUCGAGGUUGGCACCCUGGCUCCUCACCCCAAGGACCCCAUGACCCUCCCAGAUGUGGGCACCCCAGCUGAAACCCUGAAGCUGCAGUCUCCAACCACGGCUGGCCCCGUCCAUCCAGUGCCUGUCCCCCCGCAGGACCUGCCCAGCUGCCGCCUUUGCCUGUGCAUCGGCACCUCCGUCUACUGUGAUGAUGCCGACCUGGAGCACAUCCCGCCGCUGCCGCUGGAGACCACCUACCUCUAUGCCCGCUUCAACCGCAUCGGUGUGAUCCGGGCCAGUGAUUUCAUGGGGCUGAGUACGUCGAGGCAAGGGAAUAGCCAGGCUCUGCAAUGGGGCAUGGGGGGAAUAAACAGUUCUGCAUGGCCCCCUGUUCAUCUCCUCCCUCCUCUCCCACCAGAGAAGCUGAAGCGAAUAGACCUGACAAGCAAUUUCAUCUCUUGGGCAGACGUGGACGCCUUCCGCCUGCUCCCCAGUCUGCAGGAGCUCAUCCUGCCUGAGAACAGGCUGACGGCACUGCCCGAGCUGCCCCACAGCAUCGUCCGGCUGGAUGCCCGUCUCAACAGGAUCCCCAGCACUGGACUCCGUCCUGACGCUUUCCGGGACCUGAAGCAGCUGCAGUUUCUCCAUCUGUCUGAUAACCAGCUGGACUAUAUCCCAGUGCCCCUGCCUGAGAGCCUGCGCUCCCUGCACCUCCAGAACAACAACAUCCAGACCAUGCAUGAGGACACGUUCUGCAACAGCCAAGACCACAGCCAGAUCCGCAGGGCACUGGAGGACAUCCGCCUCGACGGCAACCCCAUCAACCUCAGCCUCUUCCCCAAUGCCUAUUUCUGCCUGCCCCGCCUGCCCACGGGCCACUUCUUCUGAGCCCCAUGGCCCCAACGCUGGGAAACAGGGGCGAGCAUUCCCGGACUCACCACGCCCCCACCCCAGGCCCCCUCGGACCCUGCUGCCCCAUGUAUAACAUGGGGUUAAGGCAGAUGCAUUUAACCCUGCUGUGAGCUGAGCCCCCGUGUAGGGGUGAACUCAGUUCUGGGGCAAACAG